UUCUAUUUUGACAACCACACUUAUCACAAAUUACCUAUCCACGAAAACAUAAUUAAUCUAAAUUGACACACCUGUCUUCAGUGAUUUUAUGGUCAAAUGUGAUAACUUGGUGGUAAAAUUUUAAUAUUUUAAUCAUGUCCUUGAGAUUUGGAGUCAUAAAUAAAAAGCAUAUUUCGUAUCGUUUAUCACAAUAUGUUUCAUAAAUACGAUUUUUCGAAAAUGUUAACUAGUUAACUUUUUCUAACCCAGAAUGAAGGUGUAAAAAACUCAAAAAAUGAUUCUUAAAUACAUAUCAAUAUUUCUAGUUCUAUCGUUUGUAAAUACUUUAUCAAGAUAUCCGAUUUUGGUUAUAAUUUCUUACGAUGCAUUCCGUUACGAUUACUUUAACUCAAAUCAGACCCCAUACAUUCGUGAUUUCUUUAAAAAAGGUGUAUCAGCACAUCAUAUUUCAAGUGUAAUGCCUACAAAAACAUUCCCGAAUCAUUUUUCAAUUGCCACUGGAUUAUAUGCGGAUGUACAUGGUGUUGUGGGAAAUAAAAUUUAUGAUUCGAAGUUGAAGGAAAUAAUCGGAAAUAGUUAUGAAAUGUAUCAUUACAAUGAUCAAGUGGAACCGAUUUGGAUUCGAAAUGAGAAAGCUGCAUUUGAUCGUCAUUCCGGUGUAAUGAUGUGGCCAGGAGGUGAAUUUGCAUAUCAAAAUGUUAAUCCAACUUUUAAAAAAUCAUGGAAUAUUUCAGUAACAAUGACAGAACGGAUCGAUACGGUAAUGAAUUGGAUUAAUCAUCCAGAAACUCCGGCGAAUUUAAUAUUUUUGUAUUAUGAACAACCGGAUGAUGUUGCACAUGUAGAUGGUAUUUUUUCGGAACGAUUUAAUAAAACGUUGACAGAUCUAGAUUAUUUUACGAAAUAUUUUGAUGAUCAACUUAAAAUUCAUGGAAUCUACGAUCGUGUUAAUGUUAUUCAUUUAAGUGAUCAUGGAAUGAUCAAUUAUAAGUAUGAAAAUAUAAUAAAUAUUACACAGAAUUUGGAUCCAAAUUCAUAUAAAUUAGCUGGAUCAUCACCAUUUUUGCAUGUAAUUCCAAAUCAAGAUAAUGAAGUUGAAAUUUAUGAAAACUUAAAGAAUUUAUCUCAAGUCAAUAAACAUUUCCAAGUUCUAAGGCGAAAUGAAUUGCCUGAUAGUUGGCAUUUAAAGAAAACAAAUCGAUGUCCACCAUUAAUUGCUAUGGCAGAUCCAGGAUAUGCAUUCCAAGACGUUCUGGAUUUAAUAAAUAAGUAUGCGAAAAAUCGAACAAUAAAUUCAUUAAGUGAAUUUGGAAGCCAUGGCUAUGAAAACACAGAGUUAAGUAUGGCCGGAUAUUUUAUGGCACGUGGUCCAGGAUUUAAGAAAAAUUAUAGGGUACCACCAUUUAAAAAUAUAGAUUUAUAUCAUUUGUUUUGUGCCAUUUUACAAAUAUCUCCAGCAAAAAAUAAUGGAUCAUUCCAUAAUAUUGAACCAAUAUUGGUGUUACCUGCAGACGAGGGUGAAAAUAAUAUUCUGUCUUUGCUUUUUGUAUUUGUUGGAGGUGCUAUUUUAACAAUCAUAUGUUUGGGAUGUGUUGGUUAUGCAAUGCUCUGCUUAAUGAAAGGCAAAAAAGAAAGUGAAAAUAUUUCAAGGGCUGAAAAACGUUACACAAGUGAUUUAGACAUGGCGAUGGUAGCAUUAAAACAACGAAAAAAUCGUGAAGCUCAACAAUUACUAAUCAGUGACAGUGGUGAAUCUUCUUAAUAACAAUUUUCUUUUUUUGUUGUGACAGUCUUUUUCCAAACAAUAUUUGAAAGAUUUUGGAACGUAUAUACGUAAAUUUUGCACUUGGAGGCUGAAUAUUAAAAAGCCUGUUUUUAAUUUGCUUUACACAUCACCAAUUUAGACUGAAAUUUUAUACUCUUACAAUGGGAAUGGAAUUUUAAUGAGAUGUGGUCUUCGAAAGAGACAUAAGGUAUGGUAAUUUUUACAAACGAUUGUACUAGAAAAUACUUUUUUAUUAUAUUUUCUGUGUGAUUUUGAACGAAUCGUGUACCUUUUUAUCGAGUCAACAUUUUAAAAAUUAAGGAUUUUAAAGGAUUAAGAAAAUAAAUUCGGUGUUGGUUGGUUACCUAGUUAAUUUUUUUGUAUAUUUUUGUUGUACUUAAUUUAUUGAACUCAUUAUUAAAUGUCUUUUUUCGUUA